AUGGAAGCAGAGGACUGCAGCAAGGCUCCUGUGCUGCUGAAGGAAGACAGACAGACACCGUCUAAAGUACAUCUGAUAGAGGAAAUUACCAGUACUGAAAUGCCAGAGAAGCCAAGUACCCCUGUCUAUGAAAUGAUCACUGUGAAGGAUGCAAACAAGAGACCACUCAAAAUUGAACUCAAAAUUGAAUUGCCUAAGGUUAGCUCUGUUUCCGAGUGUGAUCUGAGAAUUUCAAAGGAUGACAUAAUCAUUGAAGUCCCUGAAAAAUACAAGUUACAACUAGAUCUGCCAGAAUUGGUGGAUGAAGAAACAACUACAGCAGUAUUUAACAGAGGAAAACGGGUAUUAUUUAUCACAGUGCCAGUUGCCAAGCUGGAUCCUUGA